AUGAAAGGCGCUUUUACACUGAAAAAUACUUUCUUUCACCUCGAGAGUACACUGCUCUUAGUUUUUGGGAAAAUUCUAAAAACUCCUUUACACAUUGCAUCCCAGAACGGAUUUCUAGACAUAGUGAAAUGCUUGGUGGAACAUGGAGCAGACGUGAAUGCAAGGACCAAUGACUGGGUAAAAGGUACAGAAGAGGUGGAAAAGUACCAAAUUUUUCACCCAACACUUCAGCAGUCUGGUUGCAAGUCGACACCGUUACAUAUUUCUUCGUCGAAGGGGAAAAUCAAUGUGGUGAAACAUUUGGUGGAAUGCCGGGCUGACAUUAAUGCCAAGGAUCGUCAUAAACGAACAGCACUGUGGAUUGCGCAAGCGAAAGGUUUCACGAACAUUGCAAAUUAUUUAAUUGAACAAGGUGCUGUUGCAGAUGAUGAGAGCACGUUGGAGAUGGAUGCUUCUGCUGAUGGACAGCAAGACUCAUUACGCGACGAAGGUCCAGCAGAAAAACGAAGAAAGUUGAUGGAAAUGACUACUGAGCAAACGAUGGAAUAUCCGGAAAAUGAGUGUAACGACGUUAACAUGGAGGACGGAAGUCAACAUUGCGUAAUUUGCCUUGAAAAGCCAACAAAUCCCGAAAAAUGUGAACAAUGCAAUCAACUAAUAGGUUGUCACGAUUGUAUUGUAAAGUGGUAUCGUGGAGAUGGCCAAGAAAAUAGCAGUGCAUCAUCCUGGUUGAACAGAAGCUGUCCACUUUGCCGGUUUGGAUGGGAUGAUAGCCCUAAAAUUGCGAAAUGGAAGUGA